AAGAGCUCAUGUUUUAUUUCUUGUACUGACUUGUUUCAAGUGCACUGUGCAGUGUAUUUAGUACAGUCAUAUAACUUACGUUUUUUUCACUUUUGUUGUUAAAGUAUGUGUAUGUUUUGUAGAGUUUAAUAAACUGAUAUCUAUUCAACUAUUCAGUUUUAUUCUGUUUAGUCAUGCUAUACUGUCUCUAAAUGCAAAAGCCGUCAGUGAAGUGUUCAUAAUCUUCUGACUAUUUUUUUUUUUACUGUUGUUAGCAUGUGUGAGGGAGAGAAGAGGAAGCUUGUUAUCCCAUCAGAUCUUGGUAAGUUUUUACUGACAGUAGUUUUUCCUCUAACAACAUAUUACAGCUGGGUUUGUACAGGUCAUGGAAAACCUGGAAAGUCAUGGAAUUUAAGCAUUUUAUUUCUGCAGGCCUUGAAAGUGAUGGAAUUUAAUUGUUGGUCCUGGAAGGUCAUGGAAAAUUUAAGUUUUGUUUGAUAGAUGAGUUACUGCAGAUGACAAGGCAAGGACAAUGUAAGAUAAGGAGGAAUAAUUAACCAGUGCAAGCGGCACACAUUUUGGUGGACACCAGAGUUUGUGUCUGUUGAACUGUUUAAGGUCCAAAAAUUCCCUAAAACAAGGAACAUUUUUAAAAUGAAAGUUUGAAAGUGACAGCUAAACCUAAGGUCUUGGAAAACUUAAAAAGGUCAUGGAAAAAGUCAUGGAAAGUCACGGAAUUUGAAGAGCUUAAAAGAGUACGACCCUGUGUUACUCAGUACGAUCAUAACUAUAACAAACUUCUCAAAUCUGAUUGGCUAUCAACUAUCCUGAUUUGAUUAAUGAGCGUGCGCUGAACUGUGAACCUGUCCCUUUAACUGUGUUGUACAUUUACAUGACUGUAUACUUUUUUUUAGGCGAAUCUUUGUUUACACUUUUUGCCUCAUUAACAUAUGCUUAUCAUUAUCUGAUGACACUAAUAAAGUAAAGACUCUGAACAUUGAAAGGGCAUAACAGUUUCAGUUAUCUGUGAAAAUUUGAGCCCAAUACACCAAAUGGUUUUGGAGAAAUUCGCUUCUUACAACUCGAAAUUUUACAGAGAAUGUAUGACUCGUUAACUUUUUUGCCACCCAGCAAUUUCACAGUUUUUGAUGGCUGAUAUUUCCUUCAAUAUUGUUUGCAAGGAGCUGAAAAUUGUGCAAAUUGCUCAACUUAAUCAGCUCUUUCAACUUUUGCAUUUAGUUCAUAUAUACGGCCACAGCUUCUAUGAGUUAAGUCUUAAGCUAAUGAGGAAAAAUGUAAACAAUGACGUUAACAACGAUUCGCCUAUAUGACGACCUAUUUCAACUUCAUCGUCAUUUUUCAGUUUCAUUCCACUGAAAUAUGUGUAUAAUGACCUAUUUCCAAUUUUACUGUCAUCUUCUAGGUUAUGGUGAUCGAGGAGCUCCUCCUAAGAUUCCUGGUAAGUUUUUUGUUGAAUUUUUUAAGAUGAAUAAAAUUAAUAUUAGUUUUCGCACUUUGAAACAGGACUGAUUAGAGUCCAGUAUAAUUUUUCUGUAAUUGAUAGUGACUAAACAAAUCCAGGGUAGUCGGAUUUGCUCAAACCAGAAGACCCAGAAAUGCUUGUGAAUCAAAUGGAGAAGAUGUCAUUAGAUCAAGAGUCAUUUGAGGGCCUUGGUCCACGCAUCUCAAUUUCUCUCUCUCUUUUUUUCUUUACAGGUGGAGCUACCCUGAUUUUUGAAGUUGAAUUACUAAAAAUAGAGAGAAAAUCUGAAUUGUAAUUUCCAGUGAUCAGUUCUAAUGUAAAAUAAAUACCUCUUUUCACCUAUAUUUUUCUCAUGACAACUUAUUCCUGUUUUUGCUUUUUCAUCUAAGACUUAAUUUUGUAAGAGGCAAAUUAAUGUUUUUUUUAUACAUUUGAGUUAAGUAGAUUAGUCACUCACAUUGACUGCUUCAGUAGGAAUAGUGAUUAGCCUUAUAAAUUUAUUUGGGAGAAUCUUUUUU